AUGCUUCUGAGGACGCGUCUUGUGUGCAAUACGUUCCAGCUGGCAAAGCGUAAUUUCUUUCUCACUCAGAACAUAUUCAAUAGCUCAACCAUAAUGGAUAGCGAUUUUGUGGACUCGGGAGACGAAGACUUUGCUCCUGUUGUUAGCUCAAAGACCUCCACAGCAAAAACGGCCGGUCCCCCAAAGAAGCCUUUAUCAAACGCACAAAACAAAGCGAACAUGGGACCUGCCAAGAAAGUGAGCGAAAAUUCACAGAAGUACCAAAAGCUAUCUCAGUUGGAUCAUGUGCUAUUACGUCCAGAUACCUAUGUCGGCUCUGUUGAAAGCUUUCAGUCGGAACAGUGGGUCAUUAGCGAUGAAGAGCCUGUCUCUAUGGAGCGUAAGGUUGUAAGUGUUGUCCCUGGUCUGUUCAAGAUUUUUGAUGAGAUUUUGGUAAACGCAGCCGACAACAAGAUUCGGGAUCCAACUAUGACAAGAAUUGAUGUCGUGAUAGAUGCUGAAAAUAACCUUAUUGAGGUCAAGAACGACGGUAAAGGUAUUCCAGUUGAGAUUCACGAGGAAGAAAAAAUUUACAUUCCAGAGUUGAUCUUUGGCCAUCUACUCACCUCCAGUAAUUAUGAUGACGAUGAGAAGAAAGUAACUGGUGGUAGAAACGGUUAUGGUGCCAAGUUGUGUAACAUCUUCUCCACCUCUUUCACCAUUGAGACUGCUGACAAGCAAAGUGGAAAAGUCUACAAGCAAACUUGGUCAAACAAUAUGAGUUCUCAUACCAAGCCGAAGAUUACGGCCAUGAAGACCGCCAAAGAGUACACGAAAAUCUCCUUCAAUCCUGAUUUGUCCAAGUUUGGAAUGGAAAGGCUGGAUGCUGAUAUUUUGGGCGUGCUCCGUCGUCGUGUUUACGAUAUAUGUGGCUCCGUGAGGGGCAUAAAAGUGUACCUGGAUGGAAAACUCAUCAAGAUCUCCAACUUUUCAAAGUACGUGGAGAUGUAUGUCAAAUCUUUAGAGGCGACUAAGGUCCAGUUCACCGAGGUGAAAGAGGAGGGUGCUUUGACACCUCCUCCAAGCUCCUCACCAACUAUCGUCUACCAAGUUAUUAAUGACAGAUGGGAGAUUGCAUUUUCCUUGUCCGAUGGAACUUUCAAUCAGGUGUCUUUUGUGAACUCCAUUGCCACAACGGCGGGUGGUACCCAUGUCAACUUGAUUGCUGAUAUGCUUGUCGAUAAGAUUAUCGAACAAACAAAGAAGAAGAACAAGAGGGCAAUGAUCAAGCCAUUUCAGGUCAGAAAUAAUAUGUUUCUCUUUAUUAACUGUCUGAUUGAAAACCCUGCUUUCACAUCCCAAACGAAGGAGCAGCUGACUACCAGACCUAGCCAGUUUGGUGGUAAAAAGAUGGAGCUUCCAGACGAGUUCGUCAAAAAGGUUUUGAAAAGUGGAAUCGUUGACAGUGUUCUGGAUAUUGCUGCAGCAAAUGCUGACAAAGCUUUGAAGAAAGGUGACGGUUCUCGUAAGAGCAGAGUCACCGGAUACCCCAAGUUGGAAGAUGCCAAUAAAGCCGGUACCAAAGAUGGUCACAAGUGUACUUUAAUUCUCACCGAGGGUGAUUCUGCUCAUGCUCUUGCGGUUGCUGGUUUGGCUGUUGUAGGAAGAGACUUCUACGGGUGUUAUCCACUCAGAGGUAAGAUGUUGAACGUGAGGGAGGCCACCGUUGAUCAAAUCAUGAAGAAUGCAGAAAUUUCUGCCAUAAAGCAAAUCAUGGGAUUACAGCAUAAGAAAAAAUACGACACCAGCAACAUUAAUACCCUCAGAUAUGGUCGGAUUAUGAUCAUGACUGAUCAAGAUCAUGAUGGAUCCCAUAUCAAAGGUUUGAUCAUUAACUUCUUGGAGUCCUCCUUCCCCGGCCUGCUGAGUGUCCCUGGUUUCCUUAUUGAGUUCAUCACACCCAUUGUGAAGAUCACGAUGCUCACGGGUCCAGAAAAGGGUAAGGUUAUACCAUUCUACAACAUGCCAGAGUACGAAGAAUGGAGAGACAACAUUGGAAACACAUACAGUUACAAACAGAAGUACUACAAGGGUUUGGGUACCUCCUCUCCGGCCGAAAUGAGAGAGUACUUUGGCAUGCUAGACAAGCAUUUGAAACACUUUCAUGAACUUCAACCUCCUGACGUUGGUUUGAUCGAGUUAGCAUUCUCCAAGAAGAAGGCUGACGACCGUAAGGAGUGGCUUAGGGGUUUUCAACCUGGAACCUUUUUAGAUCCAGACCUUCAGGUUAUUCCAAUCUCUGAAUUCAUUAACAAAGAGUUGAUUCUCUUCUCAAUGGCUGAUAACAUUAGAUCAAUUCCGUCUGUUUUGGAUGGUUUCAAACCUUCUCAGAGAAAGAUCUUGUACGGUUGUUACAAGAGAAAUCUCAGCUCGGAAAUCAAAGUUUCCCAGCUGGCAGGUUAUAUUGGGGAACACACGGGAUAUCAUCAUGGUGACGCUUCAUUGAUUCAAAGUAUUGUUGGUUUGGCGCAGGAUUUCGUCGGAAGUAACAAUAUGAACCUCCUCAUGCCAUUAGGAGGUUUCGGUACCAGAGGGUCAGGAGGUAAGGAUGCGUCCGCUGCUAGGUAUAUUUACACGGAGCUAGCUUCUAUUACCAAGAAGGUGUUCAACCCUAAGGAUAACCCAUUGCUGACAUACCUGCAAGAUGACGAACAAACCGUCGAGCCUGAAUGGUAUAUCCCCAUCAUUCCUAUGAUUCUGGUUAAUGGUGCAGAAGGAAUUGGUACUGGGUGGAGCAGUAAUAUUCCUUCGUACAACCCUGCUGAUAUCAUUGAUAACAUUAGAAGAUUGCUUGACGACGAGGAGCUUGAAGAAAUGGUUCCAUGGUAUCGUGGCUGGGAGGGUGAUAUUAUCAAAUUGAGUCCUGACAAGUACAAAGUCGAAGGUAAAAUUGAACAGAUUGACGAGAGUACCGUUGAGAUUUCCGAGUUACCCAUCAAGAUGUGGACUGUUACCAUGAAAGAAUAUCUUUUGCAAGGACUAGCUGGAACUGAGAAGCAAAAGCCUUGGAUCAAAGAUAUGCAGGAACAGCAUGGCGUUGGGAUUAAAUUUGUCAUCACGCUGACUCAAGAAGAGAUGGCCAAGUCACUUGCAAUGGGAUUGAAAGAACGUUUCAAGCUGGUCACUUCUUUGUCCACAGCCAAUAUGGUGGCCUUUGAUGCAAAUGGUAGAAUCAAGAAGUACAACGAUGUGAAAGAUAUCCUCAAAGAUUACUACAAUGUCAGAUUGCACUUUUACCAACUUCGCAAGGAUCACAUGGUUGAGCAAUUCUCAAACCAGCUUGAGAAAUUGUCGGCCCAAGCCAGGUUCAUCAAGCUAAUCAUCGACAGAGAGCUUGUGGUUUCCAACAAAAAGAAGAAGGAUCUAGUUGCUGAGCUUCAGUCUCUGAAGUUCCCCAGUUUUGAUAAAAACGGUGCCCCAGUCAAGGCAAUAUCUAGAGAUGAUAGUGAGAGCGAUGAGGAAGAUAUUGUUGAUGCGGAUACGUCGAUCAUCCAUAAGGCAGUUACUGCAUCCAGCAGUUAUGAUUAUUUACUAGGCUUGCCUAUCUGGUCGCUGACCAGGGAAAGGUAUGAGAAGCUUUUGGCUCAGAAGAUUGAGAAAGAAAACGAGCUGACUACUCUCCUGGCUUUGUCAGCUAAAGACUUGUGGAAGGUUGACCUGCAUGAUUUACGAGAAGCGUGGGAUAAGUUGCUGGAGGAUGACUUGCAGCGUCGCUUGUCAGGCGUAGCUGACAUUGUUACCAAAAAGAAGAGAGCUCGUAAGACAAAGGCUAAGAAAGAGGAUGAUGAUGAUGAUGAUUUUGCGCCCAACAAAAAGAAGGUGAAGACCUCAGCAGCACCAAAGACGAAGGCUAAGACCAAUGAUGUCCUUCCUCCCUCGCUCACAGCUCCAAAACAGGAGAAUGACAUAUUCAGUUCUGCCAUUUUUGGAAGCCCCAUCAGGGUGGAUCUGAGCGAUGCGGAAGACGAUAUGGCCUUGGAUGAUAGUUUUUCCAAGUUUGAUGAUGUGGUGAAGGCAUCCGCGUUUCCAUCAAAAGCAUCUAAAGAUGAGGUGAAGGCCAAGCCCGCUACGAAGAAAGUAUUAAAGAAGGUUCUGGUUAAGCCUAACUCCAUUCCUGCGAAGAAGGCUCCACCCAAGAAGGCAAAGAUUUUAGAUGAUGAAGACGAGUUGUCUCAUGUCCCUGUCGUUGUGCCUGCGAAAAACGUUCCAAAGAGGGCAGCCGCUAAGAAGGCAGUGAAGUUGGUGGACAGCGACGAGGAGAUGGACUCCGUUUCUGAGUCACAGCCCGAAUCGGAUUAUGACGACGAGAGCGAGUUUUCUGAGUAA